UCAGAGAGGGCGGGGCCGCGCGCGCAUCCCGACGUCUUUCCCUUCCGCGAGCUUCGUGUCUCGAGCUGGAGUACCGUUACCGGCGCCUGGUUCUCCACAGCGCGCAGAACCUCUCCGAACCUCUCGGAUUAAAUAAACUCAGAGGGAACUCCGGGGUUUUCUGUUCCUCAGUUGGGGAAUCCGGUCCUGAUUUGGAGUUUUAUUUGUUUUCUUUUGUUUGUUUUUCUUUUCUCCUUCUUCUUCUUCUCCUUCUUCUUUUCAUUUGCCAUUAGAAGUUGAGAAGCGCGAGCGCUCCGGUAGUGUUUCCACUGAGUUGACUUGGACAGAACUUCUUCUUCUUCUUCUUCUUCUUGUUCUGCUGCUUCUUCUUCUUCUUCUUCUUCUUCACAAAGCGGGUUUAUUUCCACUGAAGUGAUUUUGCGGAUUGUGCGCUUGUCUUAAAGUUUUGCCACUGAAAAGAAAACACAGGAAAGAAAGAAAGAAAGAAAGAAGAAGAAGAAGAAAAGCACCGAGAAAAAGUGGGAAUGUAGCGCAGACAACACGCUCCCAGGAUCCCACUUCCUGUCCACCCCUCAGCUUGCUCUCGGAAUGGGACUGCACCUUCCCAGAGUGCACUUCUUCACUGGGGGGUGUGGCCAUCCCUGGGCAGGACAGACAGCAUAGACACCCUGCAGUAUACUUUUGACCCCUGUGACCUUGGUGUGACCUUGUCCAGCCAUGCCUUUCAGGCUGAAACUGCCUCGUACGAGGCGCUACAAUGUGCUGAGCAAGAACUGCUUCGUGAUUCGUAUCCAACUGCUGGACAAUCACAUGAUCGAGUGCACGCUGUCCGUCGAGGGGACUGGCCAAGAGUGUUUAGAAGCAGUCGCCCAGCGUCUCGAACUGAGAGAGACACAUUAUUUCGGCCUGUGGUUUCACUCUAAAGCUCAGGUGCAGAGGUGGGUGGAGUUGGAGAAGCCGCUGAAGAAGCAGUUGGAUAAAUUCGGCAAUGAGCCGAUGCUGUACUUCGGGGUCAUGUUCUAUGUGCCCAGUGUCUCCCGCCUAGAGCAAGAGGUCACCAGGUAUCAGUACUACCUACAGGUGAAGAAGGAGGUGCUCGAUGGGCACCUUCACUGCACCGUGGAGCAGGGCAUUCGACUCGCCGGUCUCGCUGUCCAGGCCGACUUUGGAGAUUUCACUCAAUAUCUGUCUCAGGAUUUCCUCAGGGAAUAUGUUUUGUUCCCCGUGAACUGGCCCCACGUUGACGAGGUGCUGGACGACUGGACUCAGAAAGUGGCCGAAGAACACAAGAGUCACUAUCAGAUGCAGGCCGCAGAUGCAGAGCUGCUCUACAUUAAAGAGGUGGAGAAACUGGAUGGAUUUGGGCAGGAGAGCUUUGCUGCUAAAGACAACUACACCAAUGACAUCUUCAUCGGAGUUUCGUUUAUCGGAAUCUUUGCCAAGCACAGGAACGGAAGAUCUAUCAUGCUUCACCGGUGGAAGGACAUCGGAACCAUCGGGCACAACAAGUCGGCUAUCACCGUGGAGAUAACCAGCAAAGACGACACCAUCAUGUUUCACAUGGAGGACAUGGAGAUGGCGAAAUACAUAGCACGCCUCUUCACCGCCAGACACAAGUUUUACAAACAGAACAAGAUCUGUGUAGAGCCGACCCACUCUCCUGUCACCAUACGGAGAAGAUCAACCUGGAACAGGCAGCAUAGGCCACAGUCCUGUAUUGCACACUCUCAGUAUCCUGAUCACUAUCAGGAGACGCAGAGCUCUCAAGACAGUAUCUUCCAUGAAGACCCGUACUGUAAGUCAGAGACGAGUCUGGUGGAGUUUAGUUUCCGUAACGGCCUGGUUCCUAAUGGCAGUAUGUGCAGCAGCCCGAGCGUAAGCUCCCUGAACCGCUCACAGACUUUCGUUCACUCCUCGCCCAUGUCUUCGAGUCCCAGCAUCCCUGGUAGUGAGCUCAUGCGGCCUGACUACAUCCCCAGCCACCGACACUCAGCCAUCAUCCCUCCUUCCUACAGGCCCACACCAGAGUACGAUGCUGUGAUGCGGCAAAAACGCUGCCUCCUCCCAAACACACCCACCGUCGACUGUCACAGCCAAUCACUGCGCAGCCUCAAUAUCAGCAACACGUAUGUUUACCGUCAACCGUCGCUAGUGUACAGCCAGCCAGAAAUGCGUGAGCAAGGCCCGUACCACGCUCCCUAUGCUGGAGGUGGAGGCCCUCAGCCGGUAUAUGGACUUCAUGCUGGCCCCUCCCCAUCUCAUCAGGGUCAGAUGGUACAUUCUACAACGGCUCAGCCACAAUCUGGCGCCGCUAACGGCAUCUCACAUACCGUCAGCACGCCAGAGCUGGCCAACACUAAACAGCAAGUGGUUAACAGGACUACCCAUGUGUUUAGGAACCACCAAUCAAGGCCUCCACCCCCUUACUCGGCAUCCUUUAGGCCUGCUACCAGCACGCCAGAUCUGGCAAGCCACCGGCAACGCUGCAUCGGAGGCUCUAGUCCGGAACUGGUGACGCGUAAAGUGCAGCUGUCAGUGAAAACCUUCCAACCAGACAGCUCAGCUGUAGUGCACCAGUCACUACAGGAAAUGAGCGAGCCACUAACGGCUAUGAAGCACCGUUCCACGCUCGCCAAACGCCACAGCAUGGAAGUCGCAAUGGUCCUCAAGGGAGCCAGUGUCGCCCCCUUGCCUCGAAGGAACACACUACGAGAGCAAGUGCCACCCCUGAUCCCUCCUCAGCAGGCACAGGUCCCGCCUCCUCCACCGCCUCAGCUGGCUGAGGUGCAAAUGCCAGCCCAGAAAUCCUCCACCUCUGACCCAACAUACCAGCAUCAGAAAACACUCUCUAAUGUCACCAUGCUGAUCCACAGCAGUGAGAGCGAGGAGGAAGAGGAGGAGUAUGCCCCUGAGCUGGAUGUUCAUAUCCCAGGACUGAACGAGGACAUCAGUGCUCAACUGCAGGCGGCGCUCGCUAACAUCCCUAACAAACCUCCGCCGGAAUACCCGGGACUGCGGUCCAGCAGCAGCAACAUCACACUCAGACACCACAACCAGGACCGGAGCCGAGGUUCUCCAGAGGCGGCGCAGGUGCAAACGCAGGUCGAUGUCCAUGCAGGAGGGCACCGCGAGAGGCAAAGUCCGAGCCGUAUGGAGCCAGUGGGCCUGAGCGGGGCGACUCUGGGACCGUCCAUCUCCGAACCCGACCUCACCAGCGUGAAGGAGAGAGUGAGGAAAGAGCCGGUGAAAGAGAGACCUGUCUCCGAGAUGUUUGCCAUCGAGGACAGCAUUGUGGAGAGAGAGAUUGCACAGAGGACUCUGGAGAGGCAGAAGAUGUCGGUGGACUCGAUGAAGAGGCCUCUGAUGAUGGCCGCUAUGAACGGACUCUACGUGAGCCGCAUGCCCGUCCCAGAAAACCCACGCGAGGACGUCUCCACUAAGGCCAACACAGACGAGAUGUGUAAGCAUCUGGAGCUGAGGUUGGAAGAGGAGCGGCUCUUCGCCGAAUACGAGCAGAUCCCUAAAAAAAGACCCGAGUGUAACCUCGCCACAGCCACACUGCCCGAUAACACCGAGAGGAACCGGUUCCGUGACGUGGUUCCGUAUGAGGAGAACCGUGUAGAGCUGGUACCAAACAAAGAGAACAACACGGGCUACAUUAACGCCUCCCACAUCAAGAUGGUGAUCAGAGGGGAGGAGUGGCAUUAUAUUGCGACGCAGGGCCCUCUUCCCAACACUUGCCACGAUUUCUGGCAGAUGGUCUGGGAGCAAGGGGUCAAUGUCAUCGCCAUGGUUACGGCUGAGGAGGAAGGAGGUCGGUCUAAGAGUCACAGGUACUGGCCGAAACUCGGCUCCAAACACAACUCGGCCACCCACGGCAAGUUCAAGGUCACCACCAAAUUCCGUACAGACUCAGGUUGCUAUGCAACGACGGGGUUAAAGGUCAAGCACCUGCUGUCUGGUCAGGAACGGACCGUGUGGCACCUGCAGUACACCGACUGGCCCGAGCACGGCUGCCCCGAAUAUGUCCAGGGCUUCCUCGCAUACCUGGAGGAGAUCCAGUCUGUGCGUCGACACACUAACAGCAUGUUGGACGCCUCGAAGAACCCCAAGCCUCCGGUUGUGAUUCACUGCAGCGCCGGAGUCGGACGCACCGGAGUCGUUAUUCUCACCGAGCUCAUGAUCAGCUGCCUGGAGCACAACGAGAGGGUGGAGGUCCCAGUGAUGCUAAAUCACUUGAGACAGCAGAGGAUGUUGAUGGUUCAGACCGUCGCGCAGUACAAGUUUGUGUAUCAGGUUUUGAUCCAGUUUUUGAAGAACACCAGACUCAUCUGAGUCAGACUGUGUGUGUGUGUGUGUGUGUGUGUGUGUGUGUGUGUGUGUUGCCUUUAACUUAAGGGCAUGAAACAUCUCUUCUCGGGCUGAAACAUCUCUACUCAUCUCUGGAAAAAGGACCAAACACAAUAUCCUAUCCUCAGUAAAUGAGUGGAGAAAUGCCUGAUUAUUCAUAUUUUUCAAUAUUUUUUGUUUUGUUUGUUUUGUCUUGGAGGACAGCACCUCUCCGUUAUAAUUUCUAAAAACACAGCUGAAGUCUUCUCAUUCUUGUAGCUACACCUUCUGUAAACGUGAAUUCAUAUGGAGGUCAUAAAUUUUGUUCAUUAGGUGAAUUUCUCGAAAUGAAAUUAUGAGAGGUAUGGCUUCCAUAAAUAUGUAAAGUGUAUUUUUUUUUUUUUUUUUUUACUUCCAUACUGUAUUUUCCAGGCUGUAAGUUACACUGCCGUACAUAACACACCUCAAGAGAAAUUCCAUCUGCCUAGAGAAUUUGCAUUAAUAUAUGAAGUAAGGAAUAAAACACUUGAGGGUGUGCUGUUAUAGGAAACUAAUCAACAACGCAGUGAUACUGUUACCAUCGUGGAGGUGAUUAUUUAUCAAUAACAGCACAUCCGGAAGAGUUUUAUUCCUCUUAUACCACACCAGUUUGCAAUGCUAACAAUAAUUUUAUUUAUUCAAGAACAACACUUUGUACUUUUUAUACAGAUACUUUUCUACAAAAGUUUGGGCACCCCUGGCCAGAUUACAUAUUUUGUUGAAUUUUGACAUGAAAAGAAAUAAACACAACCUCCUAUUUAAAAAAAAAUAUAUAUAUAUAUUUUUUUUUGUUAUGUGAAUGCAUAGUUACUUUACAUUUGGUGAACCUAAAAAUUUAAAUUGUGGCAUGUGCAUAAGUUUGGACACCCUUCUCAUUUACUUUAUACUGCAGUAACAUUUGCAGAAAAAAAAUAAUAUUUUAUUUUUUAAAAUACUUUGCUGCAGAGGUUGUGUUUACUACUUUUCACUUUAAAAAUCAACAAAAUAAACCCAAACAUAUGCAUACAACUGUCUGCGUAUUAAAGAUUACGGCUGUUGUGUAAUGUUAAUUCAAAGUCAUUUAAAUAACAUCUCGACAUUUAACUAACAUGAAGAAUUAAGGCUUCUGUUAUAAAAUGAUACCGUUGAUGUCGUCUCUUCGCAGCAACAUAUAGUCCGGAGAAUACAGUAUAUCUUAAAAAAAUAAAUAAAUAAAAAUUUUUAAAAAACCUGUACAUAUCAAUUUUCACGAGCGCAUUUUGAUAUUUAAUUUUUUUAUUAUAUUUUUUUAUUUAUUAUUUUCCUUGUCGUCUCUCUUUAGGUCGUUAGGUUUUUAUACACGGGCGAAAACCUUUUUUCAUUAUAUUGCAACAAUUAUGUACAUUUCUUAAGUCUUUUGUUAGCUCGGUGUGCAGAUGAUUCUAAGCUAAUUCGGUUUCAUUUAUGUUUAUGUUGUUUAUUUUGAAGUUAUUGUGUUCAAAAGCAACACAUUUUUUUGUUGUUUGUGACGUUGGCUAUGGCCGAUUUUAUAUUUUCACAAAAGGAUGCCCUGUGGAUGUGGGCGGAGUCAUCCUGGAAGACACCACGCCCAUCAGGAUAAACUUUGGAUUGAUUUGCAGCUUCAUUCUGAAGGCAUAAAUGGAACCAAAUUAUGGCAGCAAAAAUAAAUAAAUGUCCCCCCCCAUGCAUGUUGCAUAACAGUGGGACCAUCCUUUAAUACGUCACUCAUCUGUCACGCACAAUGUUAAAUAUUUGAGAUUUAUUCCACAGCUGAUUAUCGACACAUGCCUAACUGACACCGUGACAUUUUUGAAAAAACAGAUUGGAAUCCAUAACACAUAACAUAGUAAUGUUAAGUAGGCCUCAUUGUACAGUAAUAAUUUAAGGCUGCAUUAAUGUAUGAUUGGACUAUAUUAUAGAAGCCAUGGUGUUGUGCAUGUAUAUAUAUUUGAAUCUUUCAUUGUGAGGCUUCAGCUUUUGUGCGUUGUGAGCUCUAAGAACGUGUUCAGGUUUCUGAAUCGUAUUCAAAUGAUCAUAUGCUAGCACUUCAGUGCAUUGUUUUUUUUUUUAAAAUUUUCUUUUCUUGUGUUUUGUGUCGUUUUGUUUCGUUUCAUUGCUGUACAUAUCCUGUGUAGGGAAAUUGAGCCACAUUUCCAAUAUGUUCCCUUUGCAGUGCACUAGUGAAGUGCCCUAAGCCAGUAUAUUAGUGCCUUACUGAACAUAGAGAAGAUCUGGAGCGACCCACUUUAUUCUACUCUAUUCUACUCUAUUCUACUCUACAUUUCACUUCCAAACUGAAACUCAGUUCUAAAUGUUUUAGAACCAAUUAUUGGGUCAUUCAGUGCUUCUGAGUCACUAUAUUUCAGAUACGUGUUUAGUAAUAAUUUUAUAAUAUGCUAAAAGAAAUUGAUGCAACUAAGCUGUGUAAAAUUCUAUUAGCUUACUUCGAUAUGAAUGUUCUAAAAUCUGAUACGACUUGGUACUAUUAAAUACCAUAAAACAGAAAACUAUGCAUGUUUUUUUAUAUAUAUAUUUUUACAUGUAUAUAAGUAUACACAUGGAAAACAUAAGCUUCUGUUAGCUCUUUUAUACGUAAUAUGUGUGUCUUUGCUAAUGUUUCUACAGUGACAGUAUUUUUGCUACGUUGCAGUCCAGUCUCUCUCUGCAGGUAUCUUUUUUUAUUUUCUCGCUCAUUCCUACUUGUUAUUAAUUACCAAAUUACUAUUAUUUCCAAAUUUCUACUUAAUUAUGUACAUAUAUUUUGUUUAUGCUUUUUUUUUUCCAAAAUGAAAACUUUUUUUUUUUCAGAACUGUCAUACUUGCCUAUUAUACAAUAAAGCAUUAUUUUCUCA